AUGGGUUGUGGAGAGGUUUUGGUUAAAUACAUACUGUUCUUCGCGAACUUAUUCUUUGCGCUUUCUGGUUUAGUGCUGAUAGGGUUGGGUGUUGCGGUCGAACUGCGGGUCUCCCAAGUAGUGGAUAUCUUCGAAGAGUCGCAGAUCUUCCAGCUAACCCCCAUCGGGGCGAUGGUGGUGGGGAGUAUUGUUUUCAUAGUCGCCUUUUUCGGAUGCUGUGGAGCUAUUAGGGAGAGCAACUGCAUGCUCAUCACUUACGCAAUUUUCAUGAUAGUUUUGAUGAUUCUAAAAAUAGCGCUGUCCGUUUUGAUAUUUGUGAAACAAGAAGACCUCAUCAGCGACAUCCCUCGCUGGCUGAACAAGGCUUUCUCCGAGGACGUCAAUGCAUUCCAUGAAAUAGAAAGAGCUUUCUUGUGCUGCGGACCCGAAGGUCCGACUUCCUACCUGACCAAGCUGUCUCUCCCGGACACAUGCUGCGCCUCCCCACCCUGCAACCCGUUGACCUCUUACAACGGAUGUAACGCAAUUAUCAGCGAGUUCUUCGAAACAUUUGGCCUGGCCAUUGGAGUUGUCGCCAUCGUUAUCGUUUCUAUUGAGCUGGUAGCGGUUGUCUUCGGCCUCUGCCUCGCAAACCACACUCGCAACAAGCACAGGAGGGCUCGCUAU